CACAAUUAAGACCGCCUUAGUCCAUGAAUGUUAAACAAGACAGUAUGCUUUUGAGUGUCUGCAAACUAAAAUGUACCACAUUUGUUUGUUAGUGUUGGUUUUCGGUCAGGAAUGUCUGGGGCAGACAAGGGGCCCUCCCAUGGUGGAAAAAAAACCACUUCUUUUAGACUCAUUUAUUCCUGCGAGCAUGCAAAUAAUAGCACACAUCACGGAACUCAUGAAGUACGACCUCAAACCGACUACCGGUACUACCACGACAACCACCAUGCGACCGACACGGCCCCAUAAACCCGGGAUUUUCGCCCCGGAAACUCCCCCAGGUCCCGACGUUUACUUCGCCAAGGGGUUAUCGUAUCAGGAAUACGUCGAACGACUGAAGUACCCCAGCGGGUACAACUACUUCGACAGAUACAAGUACCCGGUGGAAGAAGAAGGAAGAAGCUUAGAAGACGACGAAGUGCCCCAAAAUAUUGAAUUAGUUGUCGGUAAAGACCUAAGUGAUUUACUGAGAUUAGUUAAUCGCAUCGAGGACGUAUCAGAAUCUGAAGAUCGUGAGGGUCAAGUGCAAAAAUUUUCGCAAGUUUACGACGAUUCGGAUUUCAGGUUUCAGUUGUUAAGGCAAAAGAAGGUGCCGCCGACGAGAGCGUAUGUGUCGCUUUUAUCACUCUACGAUCUCCUUAACAAAGAAUCCAAGAAGCUGGGCCUAAAUAAAUACAGCGGCUACACCGACUACAUUCUACGCGAGCUUGCCGAUAUUUCCACUGGAACUUCAGCGGAUCAGUUGAGAGCAGUCUUAUCGAAGAUCGUGCAAAGAAGAGACACAAAAAAUCCGCAAAUCAUCAAAAGAAUCAAUGAUCUCCUAAAAGACUUGGAACAGAGCAGUAGUUACUUAAACGCAGCUUUAAGAUAUAUCCCACCCUUACCAUUCGUGUUGUAAGUCAAACCAGAAGCAGACCGUACUUGUAGAAAAUAUUAUGUAAAUUGUUAACAUGUAAAAUUAAUGUAAAAAUAUAAAUUAUCUUGCCAUAAA